AUGGCACAAAAAUACGAAGGACGUGCAGUUGGAAUAGACCUCGGAACAACGUAUUCAUGUGUUGCUGUGUGGAUGGACCAUCACAACAGAGUUGAGAUCAUACACAACGAUCAAGGAAAUAGAACUACACCUUCUUUUGUUGCUUUCACUGAUGAUCAAAGGUUGAUUGGCGAUGCUGCUAAGAAUCAAGUUGCAAGUAACACAGCAAACACAGUCUUUGAUGUUAAAAGGUUAAUCGGUAGAAAGUUUAGUGAUACUGUUGUUCAAAAAGAUAUAAUUUGGUGGCCAUUCAAGGUUAUUCCUGGAAUAAAUGAUAAACCGAUGAUUAGCCUUAAGUAUAAGGGUGAAGAGAAGCAAUUUUGUGCUGAGGAAAUAUCAUCCAUGAUUCUCACAAAGAUGCGAGAAGUCGCAGAGGCAUAUCUAGAGUCCGCGGUCAAGAAUGCUGUUGUUACUGUCCCGGCUUACUUCAAUGAUUCUCAGAGAAAAGCCACCAUAGAUGCUGGUGCCAUUGCUGGGCUUAAUGUCAUUCGGAUAAUCAAUGAACCUACUGCUGCGGCUAUUGCAUAUGGUCUUGACAAGAGAAGUGGAUGUGAUGGUAAACGGAAUAUUUUUGUGUUUGAUCUUGGUGGUGGAACUUUUGAUGUGUCUAUCCUCACAAUUAUAGGUGAUGUCUUUGAAGUAAAAGCCGCGGCCGGAAACACUCAUCUCGGAGGAGAGGACUUUGAUAACAGAUUGAUGAAUUACUUUGUGGAGGAGUUCAAAAAGAAGAAUAGAAUGGACAUCAGUGUGAGCCCAAGAGCCUUAAGAAGGCUGAGAACGGCCUGUGAGAGGGCCAAAAGGACACUAUCUUUCGCUUUUGUCACUACUGUUGAAGUAGAUUCUUUGUUUCAAGGAAUUGAUUUUUCUUCUUCAAUCACUCGCGCCAAGUUUGAGGAAAUUAACAUGGAACUUUUUAAUGAGUGUAUAAAAACAGUUGAAAGUUGUCUUAGCGAUUCAAAAAUACACAUGAGCCAUAUAGAUGAUGUAGUUCUUGUGGGUGGCUCGUCUAGGAAUCCCAAAGUGCAGGAUCUACUGCAAGAUUUUUUCAAAGGAAAAGAUUUGUGCAAGAGCAUAAACCCCGACGAGGCAGUUGCUUAUGGUGCAGCUGUUCAGGCUGCUAUUUUGAGCAAAGGCUUUAAGAAUGUCCCGAACUUGGUGCUUCGAGAUGUUACCCCGUUGUCGCUUGGUAUCUCAGAUGUUAAUGACAUAAUGGAAGUGGUAAUUCCUAGGAACAGUUCUAUACCUGUCAAAAGUACAAGAGGAUUUGCUACUGUUAAAGAUAACCAUUACAGUGUCUCUAUUAAGGUUUACGAGGGCGAGAGAGCAAAGGCUAGUAACAACAAUCUGCUUGGUAUGUUUAUUCUUUCUUGCCUUCCAGGUGCCCCUCGUGGUCAGCCCUUGGACGUAUGCUUUGUAAUUGAUGAAAAUGGUAUCUUAAUUGUUUCUGCUAAGGAAAUAUCUACCGGAAAUACGAACGAGAUCACCAUAACCAAUGCCAAAGAGAGGCUAUCAACAUUUCAAAUUCAAAAAAUGAUUGAAGAAGCUGAGAUAUACCAUGAGGAAGAUAAGAGGUUUUUGAGGAAGGCCAAGGUAAUGAGUGCAUUGGAUUCUUGUGUUUACAACAUGAAGAAUGCUUUGAAGAAUGAUCUUUAUUUAAUGCUUUCCUCUCAAGAAAGUGAGAGGAUCAAUAAUGCAAUUAGUGUGGCCACAACUUUGCUAGAUAAGAAUAACAAACAGACAGAAGUAGAUGUUCUUGAGGAUCAUCUCAAGGAGCUGGAGACCAUGUUGAAAAAUCUUGUAGUCCAGACUGGCUAG